AGCUGUUGGGACAAUUGUUAUGAAAUUUUGUUGGCUGCCAUCAAGAUGCUGCGUUUGAUGACAAAAGCUCGUGCUUUCAGAUCGCUUAUACCUGCCGCAGGCAUUCGUGGCCAUGCACAAAAGGUGCCCAGCGGCGGCAGCAGCAACAUUGGGUCCAAGGAUGAGGAGCCAAUUAGCAAUGAGCCCAUAGAAUUCUUUGGCAGCCAAGCAGCCACUUGGCGCGCCCGCGACACUCGCAGCGGUGGUAGCGAUGAUUCCCUAUGGUAUCAGCCCUACGUCAUCUCCGCCAGCUUGGCUCUAUUUCUGGUCUACUUUUGCAUUUUGCGGGAGGAGAGCGACAUUGAUCUGCGCCUAGAAGGAAAUCUGUAUGAUCAUGUCAGUGGCUUGGAGGAGGUUCAGCUCACUGUCAACUAUAGGUACAACAAAGAGCAUGGACUGGACACCAAGGAGCAGGAGAAACGCCUCAUUGAGCUGGGCGUCGAUCUGGCCCAAUUGGAUGCCAAGUUGACGACACAGUAGUUUGCAUCGCAAUUAGUUUUAUGUGUUGUUUUCUAUUAAGCAUAAAAGUUAAUUAUAUUAAAACCAAUAUAAAAAGUACUACUAAUUUGUAAGCACUAUUUGCUGGCUUCUG